ACAGGGUUUCGAGGUAGAAGUGGCUAAAUUCCUCAGACAGGAGAGGUCUGGGUUCUCUCCCUGGUGAAGGAGUCUCAGGAAUAAUUGAGGGGAUCUAGAUACUCAGAAUCACUUAAGUCCACCUGGAAUUCCCCUUUGCAAGUGUCAAGGAUUUUUCCCUUCUCAGUCAGUAUCAUAAAUUUCCCUCUAGAGUCUUGGCGAAUCUAUGUACUCAGCUUACGUUGUGAUUCUGUAACUCCACAGUUGAAUUCGAUUUCCUGUGAGGUUGGCCAUGUGGCUAAAACAAAUGAGAGAUUCUUUUAGGCCCACCAUUAUCAGCUCUCUGAGCUGAGAAUUUAGAGCCUUGAGCUUAUUGUGCAAAUUCUCCAAUAGAAUGCAGUAUGGCCACCCCACCCCUCAGUCCUGGAGGUGACCUUAGUCAUCAUCAUAGCCCUCACUUAGUCCCCCACACACUUGCUUCUGUAGGAUGCUUCAUGACAACGAACAUGGGGUGGUAAUUUAAUUGAUUGUGAUGUCACUAUAUGCCCAUUCCCCACUGGACAGGAGUUCAGCAGUGCGUUAAAGCCAUGGACAUGCCCAAACCAAUCCCACAGUCCUGUUUUGUCUUGUCUCUCUUGGCAGCACUCCUGGUACCUAGUCCUGUAUCUGUCAAGAUCUAGUCCAGAAACGAGAAACCCAGCAAGUGUAAUUAUUAUAGGGAAUUCUUGAAAGGGUGUUAGAGGACUAAAACGAUAAAAAGGGCACACUGAGGAACACAGAGGUAUGAGUUGCCAGAAGGAGCCCCACUCCUAAGAAUGGGGGAACAAAGGGAAGUGAUUGGGGUUAUCGUAACCUAGAAACUCUCCAAGUGGGCCGCAAAGAUCUGGACCUUGACUGUAGAAGACAGAGCAUUGCCCAGGUGAUGCUGGCAGUUUAAGAACUUAGAAAAGGGAGACCGUGCAGCUGAUAGCUGUACCUCUUCUAAGGGCUUGAUGGAGCUGGUCCUGGGAAUGUGAUAACCAACUCUCACCACCGGAGCAAAGCACCAUUGCUGAGGAUUCACAGAAAGUAACGACAGCUCUUCUUUCUAUUUUCACUUUCAGCAUUGCAGCUCUGAUGGUCCAGGUCUGCCAGGACACAAAUCCAUAAUGGUCAGCGCUGCACCCUGAGCAGCUCAGAGGGAGGAGCCAGACCAGCAGUGCCUCAUGUUCUGCCCUCUUCUGUCCUGGACAGAUAGCUCCAUAAUGACAGCUCCAUGAUGGCAAUGGGUAAGACCCUGGUGCACAUCAGGGUCACUCUUCUGCUGCUCUGGUUUGGGGUGUCUCUGUCCCUUUCUGGACACUCUCAGUCCAGGCCCUUUCAGCGCUUCUCCUCCCCGGAAUCGGUGAUCCCCUUGAAGGUGACUGGCAGCAGCAGAGAUGCAGAGGCUCCAGGCUGGCUCUCCUACAGCCUGCGGUUUGGUGGCCAGAGACACAUUGUCCACAUGAAGGUCAAGAAGUUCUUGGUUUCCAGACAUCUCCCGGUGUUCACCUACACAGACCAGCGUUCCCUCCACCAGGAUCAGCCUUUUGUUCCUGAUGACUGCUACUAUCAUGGUUAUGUGGAGGGGGUCCCCGCGUCCCUGGUUGCCCUCAGUACCUGUUCUGGGGGCUUUCGAGGAAUGCUACAGAUAAAUGGCCUUGCUUAUGAAAUUGAGCCAGUUAGGUUUUCUGCCACAUUUGAACACCUGGUCUACAAGAUAGAUGAUGAUACACAGUUCCCACCUAGGAGAUGUGGGUUAACAGAAGAAGAAAUAGCACGCCAAUUGAAGUUGCAAGAGUCAUAUGAUUCCACUCUGAGGCAAAGUUCUUUUACAGGCUGGUGGACUCACUUGCGGUUUCUUGAGCUAGUAGUGGUCGUGGACCAUCUUCGAUAUGUUCACUCUCAAAGUAAUGUGUCCGUAGUGCAGACCGAAGUAGUUAGUGUCGUCAAUAUAUUAGAUGCGCUCUAUGGCCCUUUUGAGCUUGAUAUAAUUUUGACUGGGCUUGAGAUCUGGACUGAAGGAAACCAAGUUGCCACAGAUGACAUAGACAAGCUUCUGGAAGAUUUUGGAUUGUGGAAGCGUUUACAACUUGAUGCCCGACUGCCACAUGAUAUUGCCCAUCUUUUCAUAAAAAAACUCUUUGGCAUAACGCUUGGUCUUGCCUAUGUUGGAGGAAUAUGCAAGACUCCUCACAAUUCUGGAGUUGAUGUUUUUGAAGAUAGGAGUCUGCUUCUUUUUGCAGUUGUUGUGUCCCAUGAGCUUGGUCAUAAUUUGGGUAUGACUCAUGACAAUGACUGGUGUGUAUGUGCACUUGAGUUUUGCAUAAUGUACCCCUCCAGACAGGCGACAGAUAAAUUCAGCAAUUGCAGUUAUGCCCAGUAUUGGGACAAUAGUUUCCGUAGUGGAAGAUGUAUUCAGCCUCCUCCACAUACAUGGGAUAUACUGCAGUAUUGUGGGAACCUAGUGGUUGAAGAAGGAGAGGAAUGUGACUGUGGAACUACACACCAAUGUAUAAGAGAUCCCUGUUGUCUGUUGAACUGCACUCUGAAGUCUGGAGCUACUUGUGCUUUCGGGCUUUGUUGCCAAGACUGCAAGUUCAUGCCAUCAGGGUCUUUGUGCAGACAACAGAUCAAUGAAUGCGACCUUCCAGAGUGGUGCAAUGGGACAUCGCAUCAGUGCCCAGAAGAUGUAUAUGUGCAGGACGGGAUUCCCUGUAAUGACAAUGCCUACUGCUAUGAAAAGAGAUGCAAUAACCAUGACAAACAGUGCAAGGAGAUUUUUGGCAAAGAUGCAAGGAGUGCAUCUCAGAAGUGCUACCAGAAAAUCAACACCCAAGGAAGUCGAUUUGGUCACUGUGAUAUCCAGGGCACAAUAUACGUAAGGUGUAAUGCCUCUGAUAUCCUGUGCGGGAGAGUUCAAUGUGAAAAUGUGGGAGUAAUUCCUAAACUGAUAGAACAUUCUACAGUGCAUCAGCUUCACUUCAAUAACACUACUUGCUGGGGCACCGAUUAUCAUUUAGGGAUGUCCAUACCUGAUAUUGGUCAAGUGAAAGAUGGCACAAUGUGUGGUCCAGAAAAGAUGUGCAUCCAGAAGAAGUGCGUUGAGAAGGUUUCUCCUUCACAAGACUGUCAGCCUGAUACCUGCAGCAUGAAGGGGAUCUGCAAUAAUAAACAGCAUUGUCACUGCGACCGUGGAUGGGCACCUCCCUUCUGUACACAGGAAGGCGAUGGAGGUAGUGAUGAUAGUGGCCCACCUCCUAAGGCCCAGAAGUCUAAGGUUAAGUGGGGUUACCUGUUAGCAUUGUGGCUUAUUCGUUUGAUUCCUUUAAUUUUAUGUUGCUGCCUUAUGCUUUGUACGAAACGCACAGAAGAGGAGGAAGAAGAGACUGAAGAAGAGACUGAAGAAGAAACAGAAGACUAAGGCUCCUGCUUCAUCAAACAUAUCUCUAGUUUUCUUUUAGUAGUAGAGAAACAUUGGGGCAUGUCUGACUGUUUAAAGAAAACAUUAAUGGUCCCUCAUGUCAGGAUCAUAAGCAUUAAUAUGACACCAAAGGAUUUCUAUCAUGUUCUUACUCUUCAGUGUUUAAAGCAAUAUUAAAAGUUCACUUUUUCUGGAAGUCACGUCUUUAUGUUUC